AUGACGGUGGAUGAGGCAUUCUCUUGCCUAGACGAGACUAAUCUGAGUUUUUCUUCCCUACUCUGCAGAUCGUUAAGAUUCAAUCUUAUUCUAGUUCUGUCGAUUUCCAUGAUGCAUAUAUUUUGGUGUUAUCCAGUUUCAUCUUCUAAGGUGUCUGGAAAAUCUGAUUACUUUCUCAUCCUGCUGAACAGCUGCCCACCCAGGAUGGACAGGAGCGAGGAACUGGCUUUUCUAAAGCCAAUUUGGGAGAACACGUUCAUGAAAAGGUCCUUUCGCAAUGGAGUUGGCACAGGGAUGAAAAAAACUUCCUUCCAAAGAGCAAAAUAG